GGGGGCGGGGGGCGGGCAGACCGGGAGGAGCGAGCUGAGCGGACGCCGCCACCUGAUCCCAUUCAGGCUCUGCGAGGCGAGCCACCGGCACUCAGCGCGCAGGGCCCUGGACACCCUCGGACUCCGUGCGGAUUUCGAGACAAGGGGCCAAAGACAGCGGCGGCCGCCCCCUAUCCAGGUGGGAGGCAGAGCCCAGGCGCGCAGUGCUUCUUGGGAACACUGGCCCUGCUACCAGAGCCGCAGGAUCCCCCAUGAGUGCCUGUGAAGGGAGUCCUGGAUAGCGAGGCCCUGGCUGGUCCAGGGGUUGGUACUCCACCAUGCCACCCAUCCUCCAGCGCCUGCAGCAGGCCACCAAGAUGAUGAGCCGCAGGAAAAUCCUACUGCUGGUGCUAGGGUGCAGCACCGUAAGCCUUCUCAUCCACCAGGGGGCGCAGCUCAGCUGGUACCCCAAGCUGUUCCCUCUGAGCUGCCCUCCUCUGCGGAACUCGCCGCCGCGCCCCAAGCACAUGACCGUCGCCUUCCUGAAGACGCACAAGACAGCCGGCACGACGGUGCAGAACAUCCUGUUCCGCUUCGCCGAGCGCCACAACCUGACGGUGGCCCUGCCGCACCCGAGCUGCGAGCACCAGUUCUGCUAUCCGCGCAACUUCUCUGCGCACUUCGUGCACCCGGCCACGCGGCCGCCGCACGUGCUGGCCAGCCACUUACGCUUCGACCGCGCGGAGCUAGAGCGCCUCAUGCCUCCCGGCACCAUCUACGUCACCAUUCUGCGCGAGCCGGCCGCCAUGUUUGAGUCGCUCUUCAGCUACUACAACCAGUACUGCCCGGCCUUCCGGCGCGUGCCCAACGCCUCGCUCGAGGCCUUCCUGCGCGCGCCCGAGGCCUACUACCGCGCCGGCGAGCACUUCGCCAUGUUCGCGCACAACACGCUGGCCUACGACCUGGGCGGCGACAACGAGCGCAGCCCGCGCGAUGACGCCGCCUACCUGGCGGGUCUCAUCCGCCAGGUGGAGGAGGUCUUCUCGCUCGUCAUGAUCGCCGAGUACUUCGACGAGUCGCUGGUGCUGCUGCGGCGCCUGCUGGCCUGGGACCUGGACGACGUGCUCUACGCCAAGCUCAACGCGCGCGCCGCCAGCUCCCGCCUGGCCGCCAUCCCCGCGGCGCUGGCGCGCGCGGCGCGCGCCUGGAACGCCCUGGACGCUGGCCUCUACGACCACUUCAACGCCACCUUUUGGCGCCGCGUAGCGCGCGCUGGCCGCGCGUGCGUGGAGCGCGAGGCGCGCGAGCUGCGCGAGGCCCGCCAGCGCCUGCUGCGGCGCUGCUUCGGCGACGAGCCUGUGCUGCGGCCAGCCGCGCAGAUCCGCACCAAGCAGCUGCAGCCGUGGCAGCCCAGCCGCAAGGUGGACAUCAUGGGCUACGACCUGCCCGGCGGCGGCGCCGGCCCGGCCACCGAGGCCUGCCUCAAGCUGGCCAUGCCCGAGGUCCAGUACUCGAACUACCUGCUACGCAAGCAGAAGCGUCGGGGCGGUGCGCGGGCCCGGCCCGAGCCUGUCCUGGACAAUCCCCCGCCGAGGCCCAUUCGAGUGCUGCCUCGCGUCCCUCAGGGUCCCUGAGCUCCGCAGGCCUCCAGGAGUCUGGGUCCUGCCCUGCCCUCCCAGGAGUCCAGCCAGGGGCUGCCUCCAUGUCCCGCCCCGUGAGAGCCCUUGCUUUUCGAGGGGCUUGAGCCCCUCUCUGAACUUUGGGAUGCAGCUCCCUGAGCCUCGCUCCCUAUCGUGGGCUGAACCCCGCCUUCGGGCAUGGCACUGAUAGGCUGGAUCUAGCGCUGGGCCACCCUGUCUUUCCCAACUGGUUGGUGAUUUUGACAAGAGGCCUGAUGGCUGUCCAGCACUACAUACCCUGCCUUUUUCUGGGGGCUGAGCCCCCUCCCCACCUGUCUUUUCCUAUUGGAUAGGCCCAGGCCCCGCGGAGAGGAGCUGAGCCCUGGGGAAAGGCUGCUCUUGCUCUUCCUCCCAGGGCUGGGGGCUCCCUGUACUUUGCUGUCUUCCAGGUUCUACCCUCCCUACAGACCUAAGCUGCUCCCAGUCUCCCGGAACCAAAAGUUCUUGGGUUGGGAUUUUUGUUUGAUUGGUUUUUCUUUUUUUUUUUUUUUUAAAUAAAACAUCUUUAAAAUGUG